AUGAUUAAUAGUAAUAAUGACGAUAAUAAUCGUUUUGAAAUAAUUUAUCGUUUUGAAUAUGAUGAUGUUAAAUUUCGAUGUGAUUUAAAUGAUGUUGCUUGGUGGAAAAGACCAAAUUUAUUAGCAACAAGAUAUGGUAUUAUUUUACCAAAAUUUCGUUCAAAAAUAUCUUUUGAACGAUAUAAUUAUAAUAAUAAUACUAUUAAUUCACAAAUAUUAAAUAUUCGUCAAUUAAAAUCAAAUGAUUCGGGUAUUUAUGAAUGUGAAACACUUGGAGCUAUUCGACAAUUUAAUUUAAUUGUUAUAGUUCGUCUUAUAACUGUUGAAUUUAUUGGUCAAUUAAUAUCAUCAUACAAUUCAAUAAAUGAUCAUAUAUCAAAUCAAACUGAUCAUAAUCUCUUAUCUCAAUCAUUAAGAUUGAAUAAUGGAUCAAUAUAUUUACAUGAACAUCAAUUAAUACGUUUUACAUGUGUUGUUUUACGAGCUUUACCAGCUGUUAGUCUUCAUUUUCCAUUUCAUAUUGAUUAUCAUAUUGAAAGAAAUUCGACAAUAGAAAACGACGAUAAAACAUAUCGAACAAUACUUAUUUUAAUUAUUCGUAUAAAUCGUUAUUUUCAUAAACGUAUAUUUCAUUGUGAAGCAAUACAAAAACAUUUAAAUAAUAAUAAUGAAAAACAACAAGAACAACAUCGAAUUCUUUCAAAUAUUCUUCAAAUGGAUGUUGUUUACAGCCCAAUAUGUUCUCAUAAGAUAUCAUUUGUGCCUGAAUAUUCUACUGGUAUACAUCGUCCAAUUAAUUUAACAUGUCAUAUGAAUAAUGGAAAUCCUUCAAAACUUAAUUUUACUUGGCAUCUACCAAAUGGAAAUAUAUAUUUAGGAUAUUAUUUAAAUAAAACAUCAAGUCAUAUUACAAUAAUACCAAAUUCUAAUAUUGAUUUUGGUCAAAUUACUUGUCGAGCACAAAACGAAUUAGGUUUAUUUGGAGAAUGUCAUUUUAAUAUGGUUUUAGGAGGUGUACCUGAUCCAAUAGAAUCAUGUCAUUAUACAUAUAUAAAUUCAACAUUAACUGUAAAUUGUAUGGCUGGAUUUCAUCAAGGUGAUGAAGAUUUUUUUUGUUAUAUGUAUAAACGACAACAGAAUGGUUCUUAUUCAGAACAUGCUCGUUUAAAAGGUAAUUGUGCAUUUAUUCUUCCUGAACUUAAACCUGAAUAUCAUCAUGAUUUUCGUGUAUUUACAAAAAAUAAAUUUGGAGAUAAUUAUGAUCAAAGUUAUUCAAUUCAAGUUGGAAAAUUGAAAGUUGAAUCAUUUACAGAUAAAACUGGUAUUUCUUGGCCUUAUAUGGUUUUCUUUAUUAUUCUUGCAUGUCUUGCUUCAUUAAUUUUAAUUUGUUGUUCUUGUUUUAAAUUACGAAAAAUAAUGAGUUAUAAACGAAAAACUGAAAACAAUUUUGAAAAUCUUACUUAUCGAAAUCAUAAUUCUCAUCAUUCACAAAAUAUUCCUAAUGGUAAAACAUCUUUAGUACAUGUAAAACAGAAUGGUAGUGCAAUAACAUAUCCUGUUCGUCCUUAUCGUUCAAAAGAUUAUAUAGUAUCUUCUCAAGCAUCAACAUUACUUCGUAAUAAUCCAUCUCAUAAAAAUAUAUGUUCAACUAAAGAUGAAAUAAAAUCAAAUCGACGAAGUACAGCAAAAGAAACUGAUCUUGAUCAUAUACUUCAUUUAUCUAAUGAACAAACCAAUGGAACAAUAUCAACAAUGAAAACUUUACCUAUAAAUCGAAAUCAUACGAAUUUUUUUCCAUUUAAUUCAUCACAAAAUGAACAACAAAAUGAAUUAAAUCAAUAUCCCGAAACAUUACAACGUCGUUCAAGUUUUCAAGUAGCAACAAAAUUAAAUAAUUUAGAUUUUUAUACAAAACCAGAAUCAUUUUAUUUUCUUGAUAAACAAAUAAGAAAACCUAUUCAACGUAAUCAUUAUUCACCUGAACAUAAUCAUUCUUCAUAUUCAAAUACCGAUUUUAAUCGACAAAAUAAUUUUAUUGUUGAAAAUCAUCUAUUAACAAAAGAAUAUUUAAAUAUAAUAAAUGAUCAAACAUGGUCAGAAAUGAAUUCUAUGAAUGAAUAUAAUCAAGAAAAUUCUAAUGAUGAUAAAAAUUUUAUUUUAAAUAAUCAAGAUCGAAAUUAUGAUCGUUAUCGUGAUGAUGGUAUUUUUGUGUAA